AUGCGGCAGGUGUUGUUUUUGCUGCUGCUGGCCGCGCCUCUCUUGUGCGUGCCGGCGCUUGUUACUGCUGCGCCGGACAUGAAGCUCGUGAUGGUUCAGCUGCUGCACCGGCACGGCGCCCGCACGGCGGAGCCGAGCUACAACAAGACCCAGAUCUGCGGGGACACCCCCUGCGGAUACCUUACGUGGCCUGGGAUCGAGAUGCUCGGCAAGACGGGUGCGUUCCUGCGGAGCCGCUACAACACGGAUGCCUCCGUUGUGUCUGAGCCCAUGUUCCCCUCAGAGGACUACGACUUGGAUGUCGCAUACAGCCGCUCGACCGAUGUGCAGCGGACGCUGCAGAGUGCCGAGUCGUUCCUGCGCGGCUUCUUUCCGAACUUGAAGUCCCUGUACCCCGCUAUUCACACGGUGCCAGAGCAAGAUGACUACAUUCUGUACACGAACUACGUACCACAAUUCCAGUUUUAUUGGAGCCUGGAUAUGGCGGGCGUGCGUGCUGUUUGCAACCCGGUUGUGGAUCGGAACUUCCCUGACUUCAGCACGCUGACGACAAUUGCGCAGGAGGUGUACAGUGAGGGGUACUGCAGCGAUUUCACGCGGCGCACUGAUUGUGCCUUUACGCUGUUUGAUAUCGCCGUCUCCAAGGAAGCCAUCGGGGAACUGGAGAAUUAUCCGAAGUUGAAGACCAACCGGGUCAGGCUGAGUCAGGUGGCCCGCGAGCACUUUGCGAGGCAGUACGUGUACAACCGCAGCGACACCCGGUGCUUUCAGCAAGGGAGCUCUGGGCAGCCGAUUCUUCAGGAGUUCGUGAAGAACAUUGGCGCGGCGAUGGCGGGCACCAGCAGCUAUAAGCUGUACCACUACAGCGCUCACGACACGACGCUGAGCCGGAUCGCGUGCUCGCUGCAGGACACGGCCGACGACGGGCUGCUGCCACCCUUUGCGCAGACGCUCGUUCUGGAGCUGUUGCAGAACCUGUCAGACUCGUCGUACCACGUGCGCGUGUUGCGUGGACACACCGGACAGAGUCGCGCAUCUGGCUUCGAGUUCGCCUGGGAGCCGGACUGGCAGCUGAAGUGCAUGAGCGCGUCUGGGCAGCUGUACAACGCGAGCGGAAACAGGUGCUCCGUGGCUGACUUCACCCGGUUUGUGCAGUGGAGUGCUGCUCCGGCGGGGUCGACGGGAUACUGUUACCUGGACGAGAAGUACCGGCAGCUGCGGAACUGUCCGGAGGGCGGGAUCGGGGCCGGUGAGGCGUGGCAGGCGCUGUCGACCGGAUGCCAGUACUACCGAAAGCGGUGCCCGUUGUACUCGUGCGACGCUGGGUACAUGCUGGACAGUUCGUCGUUGCAGUGCGUAUGUGUUGCCCUUUCAUGCCUUCUGACUUCCAGCACUGCUGGGCCAGGGUUGCCGGAUGGCAGUCCUCACGGCGCGGCGAACAACACAACUGCAAAGACCUCCGGGCUGAGUGCCGGCGGCACGGCUGCCGUGGCGAUGGGAACAUUCUGCAUUGGAGCUCUUCUCGCUGGUUUCGUCACCGCUGCGGUGCUCCUCUGCUGCAAGCAUCGCAAACGCGCCGCCUUCCCCGAGGUUUGA